GUAUUAACUAAUAUUGAUGAAAAAAAAUUCAAAAUGGCGGAUGAGGUGAUUUUAGAGUAUCUUCAUAUGGAAAUAAUAAGUCAGUUUUACAGAUCCUGUGAAAAGUCCGACCAAGACCAGUGUAUUGCAAAAUUAGAAUCGCUUGGAUUUAGAAUUGGACAAAGUUUAGUAGAAAGAUUCACUAAAGAAAGUCCAAGAUUUAAGGAUGAACUGGACACUAUGAAAUUCAUAUGCAAAGACUUUUGGAAUUAUGUGUACAAAAAACAGAUUGACAACCUUAGAACAAACCAUCAGGGAGUGUAUGUUCUGCAGGAUAACAAGUUCCGAUUUCUUACCCAGAUGUCAAAUGGGAAACAAUUCAUGGAGGCUGCACCAAAGUUUCUUGCCUUACCCUGUGGAAUGAUACGAGGGGCUUUGUCCAACUUAGGGGUGAAUUGUGUUGUAACAGCGGAAGUCAGCGCAAUGCCUGCUUGUAAAUUUCAAAUUCAGAUACAGAGAGCGUGAUAGUGAAUUAGGGAGCUUGUGAUUUUGCUGAAGGAUGUGCAAUAAAUACUGUGUGCAAAUUGAAUGAAAUCAUUCCAUUUGAAAUAAACUUCUUUUUAUGAAUUAUUGUUACAGUGUAUGUUUUUAACAUGUAUUUGUACAGAUUUUUGAUUUCAUGUAUAGAAAUAUGAUUUAUAAAUGGAUGAUUGAUUGAC